AUGCGGCUUUUGCAUACUUUGAAAUACACUCUCCAUGAGUUCCAUGGCGAUGGCAUUCCCGAAUAUGUGAUCCUUUCGCACACCUGGGGACAAGGCGAAGUGACCUUCCAAGAUAUUCAGGAUGUCGACAAGGCUUCGGCCAAGCCAGGGUUCCAGAAGAUCGCAGGAACAUGCCGCAAGGCGGCAUCAGAUGGCUUCGAAUAUUGCUGGAUCGACACCUGUUGUAUCGAUAAGAGUAGCAGCGCGGAGCUAUCAGAGGCGAUCAACUCCAUGUAUUCGUGGUAUAAAGGCUCGAGAAUAUGCUAUGCGUACCUCUCGGAUAUCUCGAGGACGGGGACUCAGGAUGCCGACUUCGGGAAGAGUAGAUGGUGGAGACGAGGCUGGACUCUUCAAGAGCUCAUUGCGCCGGCUGUAGUUGAGUUCUACGACGUGAACUGGGAGGAGCUUGGUUCCAAGUCGAGCAUCCAGGAAGCUAUUUCUUCCCUGACCGGGAUAGGGGUGCAGGUGUUGCUGGGCGACAACCCUGCUGAGUGCACCGUCGCCGAACGCAUGUCAUGGGCAUCGAAACGAUCCACAACCCGGAUUGAAGAUCGGGCAUAUUCCCUCAUGGGUCUGUUUAACGUACAUCUGCCGAUGCUGUACGGAGAAGGCCACAAGGCGUUCGCCCGCUUGCAGGAAGAAAUCAUGAAAACUACGGAGGAUUAUACCAUCCUUGCAUGG